AUGGAAUCGCAACUUAGGACGAAACCUUCAAUGGGUUUCAAAAAGGGAAGGAAAAAAGACCCGGUAGAAAAGUUCAUCACAAGUAAUCAAGUCAUAGUCAAAACUGGUCUGUCACAGCUACGGUACAUGAUCCUUGCAGAAGGUCUUACAACACAUUCAGACUUGGAGAGCUGCCCGUAUCGGUGUUACGUAUGGUCCAUUUUACUACAAGUUCCUCCAACUGAAAGUGAAUUCUAUAUUGAACUGGUUUCUCAGGGAAGAUCUCAAAGUUUCGAUAAGAUACUUAACGAUGCUCAUAGAACUUUGAAAGGUGAUCCCAAUUACGAAAGCAAAGUGACACCCACCAUACUUGCAAGAACACUAAAUUGCUAUGCCCUGAUGACAGAGAUAAAGAACGAGAAUGUAUCUAGGGGUAGUAAGAGAAAUAGCAGGGCCUAUUUAUCGUCCCCUUAUAUUCAAGGUAUGAAUAUCUUGAUGGCACCUUUCUUAUACGUUUGCAAGACAGAACCUCAGGCAUUUUUACUGUUUGAUAAAAUGAUAAAUGGACAUAUGCCACUCUACGUGCUUCCGAACCUUGAAGGAGCUCAUACUGGUGUCCGUAUGGUUGACUUGUGUCUUCAAAUUGUGGACCCGAAACUGCAUUCGUACCUAAGCAAGAAAAUGCUUAAAACAGAAAUUUACGCCUUUCCCUCAGUGUUGACCUUAUCAGCAUGCACGCCUCCCUUGAGUGAAGUGUUAGAAUUGUGGGACUUUUUAUUCUCUUACGGAAUUCAUUUGAAUGUAUUGUUCAUUGUUGCUCAGUUAGUUUUAAUACGGUCAGAACUGAUGAAAAUUUCGAACCCAAUGACAUUACUACGAGAAUUCCCUAAACUAGAAUCCAAGAAGAUCAUAAAACUUGGUAUUAGUUUCAUUGAAAAGAUUCCCAAAGACGUAUACAUGCUUCUAGUUAAACAUACACAUGACCCUACAAUAAGCGAACAAUUAGAUGCAUAUUACCGUUGA